UCGCCCAGCCCUGCCCACCUCCGUGCCUGCUUCUCCCCAGGGCGGUGCCCAGCAUGUCGGCCAACGUGACGGCGAGGCCGCUGUGCCCGCUCCUGGAGCACAUGAGCCGCCUGCAGGGCCACGGCAACUCGAGCAUCCGCUACAUGGACCACGCGUCCGUGGUGCUGCACGGGCUGGCCGCGCUGCUGGGCCUGGCGGAGAACGGGCUGGUGCUCUUCCUGGUGGGCUGCCGCAUGCGCCAGACAGUGGUCACCACCUGGGUGCUGCACCUGGCGCUGUCCGACCUGCUGGCCGCCGCCAGCCUGCCCUUCUUCACCUACUUCCUGGCCGUGGGCCACUCGUGGGAGCUGGGCACCACCUUCUGCAAGCUGCACUCGUCCGUCUUCUUCCUCAACAUGUUCGCCAGCGGCUUCCUGCUCAGCGCCAUCAGCCUGGACCGCUGCCUGCAGGCGCUGCGGCCCGUGUGGGCGCAGAACCACCGCACCGUGGCGGCCGCCCACAGGGUGUGCCUGGCGCUCUGGGCGCUGGCGGCGCUCAACACGGUGCCCUACUACGUGUUCCGGGACACCAUCCCGCGGCGGGACGGCCGCAUCAUGUGCUACUACAACCUGCUGCUGCUGAGCCCUGGGCCCGACCGCGACGCCACGUGCCACGCGCGCCAGGUGGGGCUGGCGGUCAGCAAGUUCCUGCUGGCCUUCCUGGCGCCGCUGGCCGUCAUCGCCGCCAGCCACCUGGCCGUGAGCGCGCGCCUGCGCCACCGCGGCCGCCCGCGCUCCGGCCGCUUCGUGCGCCUCGUGGCGGCCGUGGUGGCGGCCUUCGCGCUCUGCUGGGGGCCCUACCACGUCUUCAGCCUCCUGGAGGUGCGCGCGCACGGCCAGCCCGCGCUGCGGCCGCUCGUGUGGCGCGGGCUGCCCUUCGUCACCAGCCUGGCCUUCUUCAACAGCGUGCUCAACCCGCUGCUCUACGUGCUCACCUGCCCCGACAUGCUGCGCAAGCUGCGGCGCUCGCUGCGGAGCGUGCUGGAGAGCGUGCUGGUGGAGGACGAGCUGGCCGGCAGCCUGCGCCGCGCCUCCUCCGCCGCCGCCGCCCCCGCGCCCCGGCCCGCGCGCCUGCUGGGCUGGCUGCGGGGGGGCCGCGCGGCGCCGCCCGCCAAGGGCCGGGGGUCCCGGGAGGAGGAGGGCCCCCUGAACCGGGCGCUGAGCAACACCUCCAGCUAGAGGCGCGGCCGGCACCGCCGUCCCCCCAGCGCAGGCACCGUGUUAGAAUGUAGAUCCCCGGCGCGGCCUCGGAGAGCGGGUCCCAGGGGCCGGCCCGGGGAUCUGCAUUUUAAAGUGCCUGCGGACCCAGUGAAGCCCUUUCCGCAAGUUAAAGCCACCGCACACCUCCCUGGGCGCGCCGCCGGGGGGCCUCCGUGCAGUCUGCCAGCUGCAGGCGGGCGAGGAGCCGGGACCUGCAUGGCUAAGCCCUGCCCCGAGGCCAUGUCCACCCGGCGCCGCUGGGCCACCCACCACAUAGGUGACCCAAGCCCUCAUACUGGGGCAGCGGCGCCGUAAGGCACACUGGACGCAUCUCCUUGGGGCCCAACUUUACCAGAUUGGGGGUGGGGGGUUGGGGAUGAGAAAUGGUUUUUUUACAGAAACUAGUGAUGUGGUUUUUGGAGUAGAGAAGUGAGGAAGGUUGGGGAGUACUGUUCCAGUCCAGGGCAAUGGUGAUUGAGCCGGACACUCUGCCCACAUUCGGGAGGGACAGGUCCUUUUAGGCAGUUGCUACAGAUGAACAAAUGGAGGUGCAGGGAGGUCAGCGACAGGCCCAGAGCAGGGUUUGCCAGCUGACCGCGGAGCAUCAUUGCUCGGUUACUGUUUGGUGAAAGCACAGCCGGCACCCCAUUAAUGGACACGCUGACUGGGGCCCCUCUCCCCGCGCUGGCCCAGCACCGAGCAUUUACAGGUGGGAGAGCAAAGGGGUGCCAUAGUCAAGUGUUUGGGAAAUGAGGCUAGUUAGCCAUAGUGCAGUGGGUGCCAGUCUUCCGUGUUUCCAUGGGGACAGCAGCUGCCGAGGUCACAGCCGUUAUUUCCUAGCUAGUGCGACACCUUUGGGUGCCCAGUGUCCCAUGGCACACCGCAUGGCAAUGCUGGUCACCCCAAGAUCCUUGCAGCGCCCACCUCUGACCACUCAGGG